GGUAACUCAAAGCAGAACAAAAUGGCGGCUGGGUUUAGCGGAGCAUUACAACUUACAGAUCUGGACGAUUUUAUUACUCCUUCGCAGGUAAACGCUUAUUAUACAUGUACAGUCGAAGUCGUAAGUGGUGAUUCAACACAACUGUGUUAUUUUUUCAACUGCAGGAAUGCAUUAAGCCUGUUAAAGUAGAGAAGAAACCAGGCCAGGUAAGAUACGUCGUACUAAAAAUUCAGUGAUUUAUGUUAAUAACUUCCUAGGUAAAAUGGUAUAAACUGUGCCUGGCUGAUAUGGGGAGACCUUUCUAAAUAAUUUGAGACAAAAAAAGUGAACAAGCCAGAUGCUGGAGGAAACUUGCAAAUUAAAAUGAAACUUUGAGUCUUUUCACAAUGACAAAGGCUCCUAGUCCUGGUAUCCUAUAUCUCCUCAUCAGAUGACGUGGUUGUGAGGUUCCGACAGAAGACCCACAAUGGGCUAUUGCACUUAAUAUCCGCACCCCUCGGUUGAGGAACCAUGGAAUUCUCCAGGGGUAAGUUAUAAAAAUUGAGGAUUUCCUUUAAGGGUAGAGUAAAAAAAUACUGAAUUCUCUGGGGGUUUAGCUUUAAUUUUCACGAAAUUCUUCAGGGGUAAACCCAUAUUCUUCAGGGGUAAGCCCACAUUUUAUGGAAGUCUUCGGGGGUGAAAACAAUUUUGCCAAUCUUCAGGGUUAAGAAGAAACGGUAAUUCCUCACCGGGGUGGGAGGGUCGGGUACGGAUAUUAAAUGCAAUAGCCCAAUAUUAAUGAAUAGCCCCCCCAUAGAUUCUAUUACAGAAUUCAUUAUCUAUUUGAAAAUUAACUCCUUCAGCCAUUGCUAAGAUCAGCUUCCUUUCUUCAUUCCUGUGUACAUUAUGAACUUACAGUGAAUUCACUCGUGAGGUAUAUUUAGUAAAAAUUUCUGUCUAUUAUUGUGAACCUGGUUGAUUGUGAUGUAUAUGUCCUAUAUUUACAGAGUAAGAGAACUUCUUACUUCCCUUUGUACAGUGGACAAAAUAGUUUAAUAAUUAGUUGUCUUUUAAAUUGUAGCCAUCUAGUGAAUUUUUCAUUGCCUGGAUCAUAUACUUCAUACUUGAAGACAUUUAAUGCGCUUUGAUUUUAUUUACCAUCCAUGGCAGUUGGCAAAGAUCAAGAUUGAAGAUGAUGGUAGUUAUGUUCAGUUGUCAGAGGUAAAAAUAUCUACCUUUCUCUCCUUUAGGUACGUGCUUUAAAAGUAAUUUUUCAAAAAAUAUGCUGUGACUGAUCAGAUAUAGUUCAUAAUAAUUAUGAACUAUUAUUGUGAACCUGGUUGAUUGUGAUGUAUAUGUCCUAUAUUUACAGAUUAAGAGAACUUCUUACUUCCCUUUGUACAGUGGACAAAAUAGUUUAAUAAUUAGUUGUCUUUUAAAUUGUAGCCAUCUAGUGAAUUUUUCAUUGCCUGGAUCAUAUACUUCAUGUUAAGAUCUGAAUGCUCAUAAAAACUGUUUCUUCUUAGGGUGGUGAAAAAACCAAGCUUCAAAGAGCCCAGAUUACCUUGAAUGACUGUUUGGCCUGUAGGUAUGUAGUAUUGUAUUAAGAAAAAGAAUUGCCUCAAGAAAAAAUAUUAAAACUGUAGUGAAAUGAUUGGAUUUUGUCUCAAACAGGGUCAUGGUUUGAAAGCCUCACUAACACACUCCAACCCAUUACUUCUCUUCAGUGCCCCUUCCCCUCUUCCUAGAACCUGGUAUGCAGUCAUCAUUCAACUUCUAAUCUAACACUUGUAUAUAAAAUUGUCUGUUUCUAGUGGCUGCAUAACAUCUGCAGAGAGUGUUCUGAUCACACAGCAGAGCCAGGAGGAGUUGUACAAAAUUAUAGCAAACAACCAGAAACUUGCCAAGGUACUUUAUGGUGGAUAAACAACAAGAAAUAUUCAAAAAGUGAAAGGACUUGUUUUUGCCUCAUGGAUUCAAGAGCAAAUUAUUGGAAGAUCUGCCCCCCAAAAAAUUUUUUUGAGAUUUAGGAGGUAUUGAAACUCAUGACUGAGUUCUCUGCAAAAAGAGCUGCCAAAGGCACAGGUUUUAAAAAUUGUUGUCUUCUUAGGCUAUUUUGCUUAAAACAGAGCAGUAAAUCAAGUUUCCCUUACAAUAUAUGGGUUGUUAAAUGAAACCUACAAACUGGGUCUUUUGAUUAUUUUGCACAAGAGUCAUCUCUGUACCGAAUGAUAAAAGAAAACUCGGCAAAUUGCAGCAUUUUAGUAAGAGCAGGGGUGUAGCUAAGAGCCAGAUGCUAGCUAAAUUCAUCGGCUGAAAGAGAUGUUAUCACUGGCCCAAAUUGCUCGGGUAAAGUAAGACAUAAAUUUGCUGUUGAGUGAAAAAGCCAGCGAUAUAAAAAGGAGACUGCUUAGCUCUUUUAGCUGUUUCCCAGUUUUCAAUAUGAUUUUAUUGUUGUAAUUUAGCCUUAUACUUUUCUAUAUUAAUACUUCACAGUGAUUACUAAUAAAACCAUAAAAUU